AUUCUCAACACCCACCACAGUGGCAUGCAGAGUUCGCCUUCAAUAAGCCAUUUAAGUCGCCUUGGUACAUUUAAUGAUGAGCAGUAAGCAUGGCGCAGACUCGGGACCUUCAUCAAGUCGCAGCUCCACAUCCUCUCGGAAACAUCAUCGAAGCAAACAUGACUCUGAAAAUCGUGAUGAGCAGACUGCUGAAACUGAUAGUUUUUGGUACCAGUCAUUGCAAACGCCGCCCCCGUCGAACUUCACACCGGGCAUGAUAUUGCUCCUUAAGUAUGCACUUUUAAAUUCGCACUCUCGGGGAAAGACAAGACGCGCUGUGUUAUGCUACGAUCGUGCGGUGUAUGUUUCUCGCCAAAGCUGGGAUGCCGGGUGGGGUUGCGGUUACCGGAAUUUCCUUAUGUCCUGUUCAGUCUUGAUGGAUCAGCCUUUACAACCAAUGUACUUUCCACUCCUCGACAGCCCGAUCUCUCCGACUGUGAGACAGCUCCAGUGGUGGCUCGAGGAUGCCUGGGCAUCAGGUUUUGAUGCUCAAGGGGCAGCGCAACUUUCGCCCUUGGUAGACUCGAAGAAAUGGAUUGGUGUUUCAGACUUGUACACUGCGUUUUCAUCUCGGGGAAUACCCUGUGAACUAGUCGAUUUCAAUUACAAGCAAUCCUUUCAUGGCAAUGAUGCCCUCAUACAAUGGAUCGUCGAUUACUUCUCGCCGCCUGCAGAAACACGCCGGCCGACUAACUUAACGGAAGCGCUGAUGAAUCCUUCCGUAACGUGCACAGAAAAAAUGCCUAUCAUCUUACAAGAUGGCUGGCAUUCUCGCACCGUCGUUGGCUAUGAACAAAUCAAUGAUUCUACUGUGAAUCUUCUUGUUUUUGACCCUUCGCGCCGGCCCCGCUCCAAGAUACGUAAGGCUGCUCUUGAUAUUGACGACGCCGCAUCUGCACGUGUGGAAGAUGAGCUACUACAUGACACCUUGAAACAUUUCCGGUAUAAGCUGUUCAAAAAUAUAUUCGGAAAGCAGUGGCAAAUUUUGUAUUUUCCUAUGACGGAACCUCUGACUCUUGACCAGAUGGAAAGAAGGAAAGUGGUAGUAAGCACAAGAGCCUAAGCGCGAUUUAACCGGAAGUCUGUGUCUACAACAAUUUUUAGAUUUUUUUUAUCUUUUGGGGCUGAUCCACAUGUAUACUAUACUUUUUAUAUACUGUAGGGAUGUUUCUUGGCCCUCGCGACAGGCCUACUUCUUUGGGUACUCAUGUGUGUAUGACUACAAUAUUAUAUUUGAAGCGGUAGAUAAGGAUAAUUCAUAUACACGAUGACUAAUUGUCCUAUGCUAAAUGACUCGCUAA